AUGACGGGGCAGGUCAAAGACAUGAUACGCGCUAUCCGUAGCUGCAAAACUCCCGCAGAAGAACGCGCUGUAAUAGCAAGAGAAUGUGCUGAUAUAAGAAGUGCGCUCAACAGCAAUUCAUCCUCGGAACGACGCAAGAAUAUCGCCAAACUGCUGCUUAUACACCUUAUGGGCCAUAAUACGAACUUCGGCCAGGUAGAAUGCAUAAAACUUAUUGCGUCACCGAAGUUUGCCGAUAAGAGAGUAGGGUAUCUGUCUCUCAGCAUAUUGCUCAACGAGGAUGCGGAGGUCUUGACACUAGCAAUCAACUCUAUCAAAAGGGAUCUUAACGGUAACAACGCGCAUGCCGCCGAAGCGGCGCUCAACGCUUUGGCAAACAUAGGUAACUCAGAAAUGUUUAGAGAGCUCUAUCAAGAUCUUGAAAGGUUGAUUAAAGCGCCUGCGGUCAAUAUUAGGAAAAAAACCAUUGUUUGCUCCGCUAGGAUGCUUAGAAAACUUGGACAGGCAAGCCUAGUACCAGGACCGGAAGUUAUGGAGAUUGCAUCGACACACUAUCAUAACAUACCGGCGCUACUGUGUGAUCAUAACCACGGAGUAGUGGCAGCGGCACUAACCUUGCUGGAUGUCAUUAUCGACUUUUAUCCCAAGUGCUGUAACUUCCAAGCCAUAUACGAACUACUUAUCAAGACGCUAAAUGCCCUGUCCACCGAAUCUGCAGGCGGAAUUGGUGUGAUGUUUGGUGGCGGCAAGGAUUAUGAAAUCAAUGGUGUCAAUGACCCCUUCCUCAAGGUCAAGUUAUUAGGGCUAAUUAGAAAGGUAUAUGGAAGGCGCCAAGAUCAGACAGCUGAAAACCAGCAACUAUACGAUACUGUAUGUCAUGUUCUCAAAAGUGUAACUGUAUCAAACAAUGCGACACAUUCCUUGUUAUAUGAAUGUGUACGCACAAUAUACAACGAGAUGCAUGACCCAAAGUUCAACCAACUAGGAAGAGAGGUAGUACACAAAUUCAUAUCAACAAACGAUAACAACAUCAAAUACAUCGCCCUAGGGAUACUUAACAACCUUUCGGGUGUCACUCUCACAGUGGGAGACAACAAUUGGACCAUUAUCGUACAGUCGCUCAGGCAACCUGAUAUUUCCAUUCGGAGACGUUCACUGGAUGUUACUCUGAAACUUAUGUCUAAAGAGACCGUCAGGCCUCUUAUGCAACAUCUUUAUGACUUUUUAUUGGCAGCAAGUGACGAACUCAAGCGAGAAAGUGUCACCAAAAUUGCUGCAGCACUAGAACGUCAUGCAGAUUCGGAGCUUGAAAUUAUGGUGAAGAUAUUUGCCAUCGCUGGAAACUCUGUCUCGGAAGCUAUACUGCACUCGUUUAUUGCAGCGGUUGGUGCCUCCACGACGGACACACAGAUACGCAUAACGACAAAACUCUACUAUGUACUACCAAAUAACCUUGGGCAAGAUGCACUUGUACGGGCGGCGCUUUGGUGCCUGGGAGAGUAUACCCAUGUGCUACCAGAACUGAACCAAAUUGAUGUAACACCGUCGAGUGCUAUCACGGCUAAACAAGAGCCUCCUGCCACAUCUAAAUUGGAAUUUGAAGAUCUAAUUGGUGUUACAGAUGACCUUGUAACGGGAGUUGAAACUAUCACACAAUUGGAGACCACACCAGUUGCUAUUGGUAAUGAAAACACUGCUAUGAAAGUGAUAGCAGUUGUGGAAUCUGUGGCUAGGCACAUACUAGCGUGCUCGGGAGCCGCGGGGCACGAUUGUACCAACGGAGAGUAUCUGCUUACAUGUUUGGGGAAACUGGCGUGCAGGGUCCCUAAGGAAAUCGAUAGGAUCAUGCGUGUUGUAAGGCAAUUCAAGAAACAUACGAACACGGAGUUGCAGCAACGCGCUAGUGAAAUGGAUGUCCUAUUCGAACAGCGAGCACUGCACGUGCUACUAUCCACCGAAGGUGACCACAAAGUUUCAACAACACGUUCGCCUACGUUGGACUUUUCAAGCCCAUUAACCGAAAGGAAGGCAGAACCUCCCAAGCCAACACAGGGUCCGUUGCUAGGUGACGAUCUGCUAGGUCUAGGGGAGGUCGUUGUGCCAAAACCGGCACCGGCAGAGAAACUUGACACGCUGGAUUUCAUGACGUUCGACUAUAGUGCUAAGGAUAAUACGACUAAGAAGAAUAACGAUGAGUUUGGCGAGUUCGACCCGUUUUAG